AUGGCAACUCAUUCAGGCAACAAAAAUGCUCAACAAAUAUUAGACGGGAUUCCUUCUACCCGAGGACAAUCAGAGACUGGAACGCCCUCCCCUCCAGAGAUAGACAGCCUCCUGAGGUGUCCAAUCUGUUAUGAUUUUAUACACACUGCAAUGAUUCUGCCUGAGUGUUCACACACAUUCUGUUCUUUCUGCAUUAGACAACAUUUAUCUCACACAAACAAGUGUCCGAUCUGUAAUAGUGGCGCUUGUGAGAAUAAUUUAAGAAACAACAGGCUGAUAGAUGAUGUGAUAUUACAAUUUAAAUCCAUCAGAUCCCAUUUACUUGAAAUAACAACAAAACAUUCAACUGAAAAGGGUGGUAGCCACUGGAAUUUGAACAAGAAAACAUUGCAAGAAACAAAGACUCAAAGUUUCCUUCCAAUUUCAAAAAAUAAUAUUGCUUCAAAAGACAGAGAUGUCAUUGACCUCAUAUCAGAAGAUGGAGAGGAAAGUGAAAAAGAUUUGGUGGAUCCAAAAUCUAAUGAGAAUAAGGAGAACAUAACUGAGGUGGAUCAAGGAUUUUGUACACCUAAAGCCAAGGCUGGUACACAACUCUGUGGUCUAAAGGAGGCGGGGGGACUCUCCACUCCCGAGACAAGGAGCCCAGCUAAUUUAAGCAUGUUUUCACCUUCACCAAGAAAAAUGGUUCCUUGCCCUGUUUGUGGAAUUUCUUUAAAAGAAUCUGCCAUGAAUGACCAUCUAGACAUUUGUCUUGGAGGAGAGGAGAAAAAGUCCGCACUAAGGAAGCAAACACCAAAAAGGAAACCAAUGGCCAAGUUAGUGUACAAUCUGAUGUCAGAGAGGGACAUCAAGAAAAAGAUGAAGGAAGUGGGACUCUCUACAGCAGGAGAUAAAAAAGCUUUGAUCAGAAGACACCAUGAUUUUGUGAUGCUGUAUAAUUCAGAAUGUGAUUCAUUAAAACCUCGAUCAGUUCAGGAUAUCAUCAAGGAGGUAGAGAAGAUGGAAGGCAUCAGACACAGGAACAAGAGGGACGAUAAUAGACUUGGCAUUGAGAAAAACAGCUCACCUGCCACCAUUGAGAAAGCUCAGAAGGUUUACUUGAAAAAGCACAAGUCACAUUUCUCCAACUUGAUAGAGGAGACCAGACGAAGAAUGAAAGAACAGAAGGCUGAUAGGAAAAAGUCCCUAGACAUUAAAGAGAAGAGUGAAGAAAGUGAAGCAUCUGACACUGAGCAUGGUGAAACGGGGACGGAGUUAACUCAAAGUGAGUCUGAGGGGGACUCAAGGUUAUUUGAAGAAGACUCAAGGACAUUUGAGGGGGGCCCAAGGAUAUCUGAGGAUGACUCAAGGAAGACUUCGAGUAGGACCAGGAGAAACAAAGGCACUGAUGAAAGGAUUUCAGAAAUGGAUGUGGAUGAUGCAAAUGUAAUCUCAUCACAAAGUGAAAGUGAAAGUAAAGGUCAGAGAAGAUCAACUAGAAACAAAGGAGGAACUAAAGUAAGUGAAGUGAAUAAGCUGGAGACGUCAAAAGCAUGUGAUGUGGAAAUAGUUUCUUUGGAAAGUGAUACUGAAAGUGAAAAUGACAGACCAUUGUUCCUUGAGCGGAGAAGCACACGAAGCAGAAGUACUCAAGAAAAAACUUCAGAAAGUGGCAUGGAAAAAGUAUUGACAGAUGAUAAAAUGGACAUUGAUAGUGGACGUAGGAAAUCACUGAGGACCAGAAAGAGAGCAGAUGCCAACAAAACGCCUUUAAAUUCUGAAACUUGUGUAUCCCAAAAUCAGCAAACUCAUGAUCAAGAGGCUUCAGUCAAAACUAAAAGCAGAGGGAAGUAUCUUGUAGGAGAGGAGACCAGUGAUUCUGUCUGCGAGCUGACAAAUGUAGAUAAAACUAACAAAAACCAAGCUGGUUACAAUAAAUAUGAUAGACAGAGUAGCCAAAGGAGAAGCAAAAGAAACUACAAUAAGCUUUAUUCACAUUCUGAACAAUCAGAAAGCAAGAAAACUUCUUAUGAAGGUGAAGUGGAAGAAACUUCUGACACAAGUGAUGUGGAACUGGGACUAAAUGAAGAGCUGAACAUUGAGAGGAAUAAAAGAAAAAAUUCAGCUGCUGUAUUUGAAAAUGAAGAUAUGUCAGCAAAUGUUGCGAUGGGUGCUAAGAAAAGUAGUACAGAAGUAAGGAAAUACAAGACUACAUCAUCCUCAUCAAACAAACUGGUAAAGGAAGCGAGUAAGGGUGAAGGUAAAUUUGUUUGUAUUGCAUCAGUACAUAGAACCAGCCCCGUUGCAGAUUUGAUCAUUAAUGUCCCUGUCGACUUGGAGAAAUUAGAUUGGACAGAGGAAGAAGAGGAUGAUGGGAAGAGAGAGAAGAUACAGAGACAGUUCCUCGGAAGCCCUAUAAGGAUCCCAGAGAUCAAUGGAACUCGUAGCUCAUCAGAGGAGGACGGAGGUGUGGAAAUUAUCUCGUGUGACGACAAUAUGGAUGAGGAAAGUGAGGAGGACAGAGGUGUGGAAGUUCUCUCGCGCGAUGAUAAAGUGGAUGAGGAAAGCAAGGAAAAAGGUGGAAAGAAACAGAGGAGUAAGUCAAAGAAGAGUCAUACAAAGGUCACAAAGAAUUCUUCAAAGGAGGUGAUUGGACAUUGUGAUAAUGUAGACCACAACAAAAGGGAUGGAACAGAUCUGGGGAUUUCUAAGUCUCCUAAUGGAAAAUCUGGAUCUUUACUUUCUGGGGAGCAGGACUGCCAAGAGGGAGAAAAAGUCAUAGAAGACCAAGAGGAGGAUGAAAGUGUACAAGUGGAUGAGACUCCAGUGAAGGAAUAUGACGUGGAGAGUUUCUCCACCCUGUGGCCAGCAUUAAGUGGAGGAGAGGGUGUGUCUAAGGCUAGAGCUCGCCAUUUCUCUUCCAUGUCCAACCAAAGCCAUAAAUCUUACUGUAGUGAUCUGUCGGCUGUAUUCUCCCCCAUCAAAGUUGACAAGGAUAUUCAAGAAGAAAGAAGAAGCUCAAGGUCAUCAAGUAGAAGGAAGAUUUUGGGAGACUUUGAGAACAGGAAGAGGAAGAGACUCAGUGAACCAGCGUCCAGAAAACGUAGACGGAGACGAUAAUGUCAUUGAUUGAAUGUAAUGUCAAGACUAUUCCAUGGUAUCAUACACCUAAAGAGUUGAUGCUAUUUAUUAUAUUAUCCCACAGAAUAUGCUAAAUAAAUGUAAAUAAUUUGCAUGCACUUUAGCUUAUAGUAAAUAAUUAUCACACUAUGACGCCGAGAUGGUUUUGGUUUAAAUACUUGUACAGAUAUAUAAAAAAUAUUUCAUAUUGGAUAGUCACAAAAAGGACUGAAUUUACAUUAAUCUUGUUUAUUUAUGCUUUAACAAGAAAAUGAACAUCUAUUUUAUCUGGAACUGAUAAA